GGUUACGAUUUUACGAUCACGGGGGCAAGACAAUAUGAAUUCAGUUUAUCUCUAGCGUAUUUUAUUACAAGAGGGAACUACUUUGAGCCUGAUACUUUGCACUGCUUAGAUUUUCAAGCUUUUGAACUCAAACCGAGUUGUUUUUAUUUGAG